UCCAACCCCAACCCCGUGAGCGAGAGCGGGACAAGGGCAGCGCGCGGCGAUGGGAAGCACAAACACCGCGGCCACGCGCCACGCCGCGAACACGGUGGGGGUGCAGCAAGGCUCUCACGUGUUCGAGAUCGCAGGGUACAGCCUGCACCCGUCGCUACUAUACGGCGGCUGCGCAACGUCGGCCGGGUUCUCCGUCGGAGGCUACGACUGGCAAAUUCAGGUCUACCCCUGGGGUGUCUGCGACCUCGAUUAUUAUAGAGACUACAUGGGGGUGUUCCUCGAUUUAUGUAGCGACCACAAGGACGCUAGGGUAACGGCGUCCUUCAAGUUCAGUCUGGUGGACGUCACCGGAUCCUCGCCGCCGCAUACGAUGACAAUGACAAACGAAUUCGGUUCCGGCGGUAACAGCUGCUACGGCAAUUGGGUGUUCAAGAAAAGGAGCGAGCUGGAGGCGUCGCCUUACCUCCUAGACGAUCGCCUCACCAUUGAGUGCGUCGUCACAAUUGUCGAGGAUGAGAAAUCGUUUGUCCAGGAAGCCCCGCCGUCAGACAUCACGGAUCAUCUUGGGAAGCUAUUGCAGGGGAAAGAGGGGACCGACGUCAUUUUCAAGGUCCAAGAAGAGGCCUUUCCCGCCCACAAGCUGGUGCUCGCCUUGCGAUCGCCGGUGUUCAAAGCAGAGCUGUAUGGCGCGAUGAGAGAGAAGGACAUGAGUCGUAUUGCCAUCAAUGACAUGCAGCCCGUUGUGUUUGAGGCCCUGCUUCAUUUUAUAUACACCGAUUCACUGCCUGCCAUGGAUGAUCUUGGACGUGAUGACUAUAGAGAUAUUGUCGGCCAUUUGCUUGUCGCGGCGGAUCGGUAUGCCAUGGAUAGGCUCAAGAUUAUAUGUGAAAACAUCCUUUGUAAGAACAUCGAUGCAAAGACGGUGGUGACUACGUUGGCUUUUGCUGAUUGGCAUCAUUGCGGCAGGUUGAAUGAUGCAUGCAUUCGGUUUAUUGCCACUUUGGAUACACGGGGAAUGGAUGACAUGAUGACAAGCCAAGGGUAUGUGAAGCUAAAAGCAACAUGUCCACUGGCCUUAGUUGAACUGUUGGAGAAGACAAGUAGGCUCGCCAAAUCGAAGUCAUCAAUUCAUAUUGGUAGUUUAGUGCAUACAUAGUAACUUGCUAGUGAGUGUCUUGCUCACAAAAAUAUACCAGGGUGUCAAUUAGUUUUACUAGUAGCUAGGCUCAGCAAAUCAAAGUCUUUGAUUUCAUAUUGAUAGUUUAGUCUCAUAAAAGUAACGUGCUAUACCUUUGUAACGAGAGUCUUACUCAAAAAGUAUGUGUACUGUGUCAGGACGAGAAGCAGCUGCCUCCUUCCCAAAGCUAGGGUUUCUUUGCCUCCCAUCGGCGUCGGCAUCGGUCUGCCUCGCCUCCGGUGGCCUUAGGGCCAUGGGAACGUAGUGGAUUCCGGCCCUUGCGGGUGGAAAGGCUCCGUUUUUACAUCUUUCUUCGAGUUUUGUUAGGGUUUGUGUCCUGUUCAGGAAAGCGAGACAACGACGGCCCCUGAAAAUGGAAUAAGGUUCUCCCCGCCUAGCCCCUAUUUCGAUGGUGCAUCUAGUAUCGUUGGUGGGCGUGUGGAGAUGUGUCUCAGGCGGAUCUGUCUUUGGUGGAUUUGCCUGGAUCUGGUCGUCAUUCGUCUACGUUCGAGUGUCUUCAGAUUGGAUCCUUUUGAUCUACACUACUCUCUAUCGGUAGCGGUUGAUGUUCUGUUGCGUUUGUUCUAUGGGGCCUUAGCACGGCGACUUC